GGGUGGGUGAGAGUCGGGGGGGCUCGGUGCGCGCCACCGCCAUGCGGGAGCGAAGGCCGGCACCGGCCGCUCCGGCCCGGUGCAAGCUGGUGCUGGUGGGCGACGUGCAGUGCGGCAAGACUGCCAUGCUGCAGGUGCUGGCCAAGGAUUGCUACCCCGAGACGUACGUGCCCACCGUGUUUGAGAACUACACGGCUUGUCUGGCCAGCGAGGAGCAGCGGGUGGAACUGAGCCUCUGGGACACCUCCGGCUCUCCCUACUAUGACAACGUGCGUCCCCUCUGCUACAGCGACUCGGACGCCGUCCUGCUCUGCUUCGACAUCAGCCGCCCCGAGACCCUCGACAGCGCAGCCAAGAAGUGGAAGACAGAAAUCCUGGAUUAUUGCCCCAACACACGGGUGCUGCUCAUUGGGUGCAAGACGGACCUUCGGACGGACCUGAGCACCCUCCUGGAGCUCUCGCACCAGAAACAGGCGCCCAUCUCCUACGAGCAGGGCUGUGCGGCCGCCAGGCAGUUGGGAGCCGAGGGAUACCUGGAAUGCUCAGCCUUCACCUCGGAAAAGAGCGUCCACAGCAUCUUCCGGACAGUGUCCGGCAUCUGUCUCAGCAAAGCCCCCCCGCAGCCGCCCCGCAGCCCCCCCCGCAGCCUCUCCAAGAGACUCCUGCACCUCCCCAGCCGCUCCGAGCUCAUCUCCUCCACCUUCAAGAAGGAAAAAGCAAAAAGCUGCUCCGUCAUGUGAAGGGGGGACGGGAAUGACCCCACACUCACACACCGUCUGACCCCCCCCCAAGCCCCCAGAAUGGGGUGGGGGGGCUGGACAGGGCCCUGGAGCCCCCCCCCAAAGGAAGAUGGGGGGGCUGCUGCCCUCCCCUCGCACCAUUGCCCUGCCAGCCCCCCAGCCUGGGGGGCUGCCCCCAUGGGAGGGGGGGGGCCUGGGGGGUGUCUUCACCUGGUCCCCAACCCUGAGGGAGUCCCUGGGGGGUUUGGGGCGCACAGGACCCUGGGGACAUCAACCCACGGGGACCCCUGUGGGGUUUGGGGUGCCCAGACCCUCAGGAACAUCAACGCAAGGGGGUCACUGUGGGGUUUGGGGGACACAGGGACGCUGUCCUGGGGAUCCCUGUGGGGUUUGGGGUGCACAUCAUGGGGCUCAUCCAUGGACUCAUCCUGUUUUCUCCCCCUUUACCCCAUCCCUCAUCUGCUGCUUGGCCCUGGGGGACCCUGGUGGGUGGGGGAGGGGGGCUCUUUUAUGGACUAUCUUGGGGGGGUGUCUCUGUUCCAUGUCAGUGUUAUUAAAAAGCUUAUUUAUUAUCAGAAAUAUAACACCUACCUAUGUGCA